UAGGAUGGAGGGGGAGGGUGCCCGGAGGAGUUGUGUGGGGACAGGGUCAAGGGGGCAAGUGGUGAGGCGGGCUUCUGAGAAGACCUUGGUGACCUCCUCAGUGGUGGCAAGGUUGAAGGAGCGGAGUGUUGGAGCGGUUAUGGUGUGCAGGAUGUUAAGGGUGGUGGGGGGCAGGGCGGUUGCGAGGUCAGAGGAGGGGAGAGUUGGAGGGGUUGUAGUGGGAGGGAGGCUAGGUGCGGAGGUAGGUGGAGCAUUGGUAAUGUUCUUACGGAUUGCGUCGAUCUUAUUUUGGAAGUGAAAGGCAAUCACGUGGGCGGUGAGUGUGGUACUUUGUGGGUGGGGAGAGAGUAGGGAGUUGAAAGUGGAGAAGAGCCGAUGAGGAUUGGAGGAGAGGGUGUUGAUGAGGGUUAGGAAGUAGGUUUGUUUG